UCCUCCUUCCCUCCCUGCCGCGCCGGCCACACCGCGAGAGCGGCGCCCGCCCCGCCAGGGCGAGGGAGGGAGGCGCAGCCCGCGGGCAGGAAGCUGGAUGAGGACGUGUGUGCGGGCAAGGCAGCCCCUCGGGCAUGAAGGGGACCGCGGGGACGCUGCCCUGCCCUGCAGCCGAGCGGGGACAUCAGGAAGACAGCUGCCUUCAGAUGGUACAGAAAUCCCUGACAGUUGCUCUUUCUUCAGUCCUACUUCAUGAAAACUUCAGAAGCUACUAACUGAGAGCAACAGGAUGGAAUGCAAAACAUAGCCAAACAUGUGAACGAAUUUUCUUCCAGUGAUAUUUGGCCAGACCUAAAAUAUCUUCCACUCCAGAUCUGAAAGUAGUGGAAAAGUUAGACAGUUCUCUCUUGGAAAGAGACCGGUUGUAGUUUAUUCACAAGUCCACAUUGUUUCAAAUCCCCGAGCAGAUGGUACGUGAACAAUACACGACAACGACACCAGGCACCAGCCUAGAGAGGCCGAAGAAUGAAUAUAUCUACAAAAUUGGAAUUUAUGGCUGGAGAAAGCGUUGUCUCUACCUGUUUGUUCUCCUCCUGCUUAUCAUCCUAGUUGUGAAUUUUUCUUUGACAAUAUGGAUUCUGAAGGUGAUGUGGUUUUCCCCAACUGGAAUGGGACACCUGCGUGUUACAAAAGAAGGCCUUCGACUGGAAGGGGAAUCUGAAUUCUUAUUCCCUCUUUAUGCCAAAGAAAUCCAUUCGAGAGUGGACUCAUCACUGCUUCUCCAGUCUACUCACAAUGUGACUGUGAAUGCACGCAAUUCAAAUGGGGAAGUCACAGGCAGAUUAAAUGUGGGUCCUAAAAUGGUAGAAUUCCACAGUCAGCAAUUUCAGAUCAACUCGAAAGAUGGAAAGCCACUUUUCACAGUGGAUGAAAAUGAAGUUGUAAUUGGCACAGAUAAGCUUCGAGUCACAGGGCCUGAAGGAGCACUUUUUGAACAUUCUGUAGAAACACCGCUUGUGAAAGCAGAAGCUUUUAAACAGCUUAGGCUGGAAUCACCAACUCGAUCUUUGAGCAUGGAUGCACCACGAGGAAUUAAUAUCAAAGCACAAGCUGGGAAUAUUGAAGCUCUUUCCCAGAUGGAUAUCAAACUGCACAGCAGUGAUGGCGUGCUUUUGCUCGAUGCUGAAACUGUGCGACUGCCCAAGCUGCCUGAGGGUGCAAGGGGUGGAUCCGGGAUUUCUCAGGGGCUCUAUGAAAUCUGCGUGUGUCCAGAUGGAAAGCUCUACUUGUCAGUGGCCGGCGUGGGCUCCACUUGCCAAGAAUACAGCCGAGUCUGCCAGUGAGGCAACCAAAAAGGCCGCACACCCUCUUGCGCAUCUGAGUUUUGUACUAUUCCUAAAGAGCAUUACUGAAAGCAUAUUUUUCAGCAUUUUAAAAACUAAGUACUUACAAUUUAGGAAACAAAUCUGCAUCUACAAUUCUGGAACACAGGGUGUAAGGGGAAGAAGAGCACAAAUGACAUUUCCACUUCAGAAGAAUGACUUGAAUCAAAUUACAUGUUUUGUCAGUAACACUUGGAAAACAGCCUUACAGAGAGCAUAAAAAAAUAAAAGAGAUAUGUUUCUUCACUGAACUAUUAUUCAGUUAGAUGAUUAUGUCAUUGUUCAUAUUUUUGAGAUCCGUGGGUUUUUCCUCUCACUACGUGUAAGCACUUACUGUAUUAGUGGGUGAAAUUAAAUUGAGGGAACUACUUGAAUUAUUUGUAAGACAAAGCAUUAUUUGGAGAAUUCAGAAAGUGCCAGCAAAUGGUCUAUGCAAUUUUGUUCUUGCAAUAACACAAGAUAGAAAAAUGCGGUAUUUAUAUAAGUUCUGUGUAAAAGGUGUUAAUUUGCUAAUAGCUUUCUAUUUUAAUUUGGCAACACUAUGCUGAUUUGCUUCUUACUGAGAUUCGUAUAAAAAUAACUAAUGCAAAAAGCUCCAGAAGUCAUGAAGGCCUCUCUUUUGUCUCAGUUCCAUUCACUAUACAACAGAGAAAUAUAUUAGUAUAUUUUAUGAUAGCAAUUGUUUGCUCUACUGUGUGUACUGUCAUAUUCAUUUAAAUCCUUUUUUAUUUUAGGACAUGCUAAUUCAACAAGGCAAUCUGUUGUGCCAGCUGGACUAGUAAAAAGAAAAAAAAAGGUGUCUUCACAUUGUCUGACACAAGGAACUAUUUGGGCAGUGGGAAAAAUCCUCUUAUGUAGCUCACAGAUUUCAAUUAAGAGGAAUAUUUCAUUUCCAUCUGCACAUUUUGACUGGUAUUUCUCAUCCUGUCAGAGUGGGACUCCAUCACAAACAGAGAGCGUAAAGCUGUUAUUAUUUUUUACAUUAGGACUUUGGAUACAAAAUAAAUGCUCACCAGAGCUGACAAACUGUUUAUUGGCCAUGUAAAGAACACAACUGCAGACCCGUUCCCCUGUACAGUGUUGCACUGAAAACAAAUAAAUUGUUUGCACACCUCUGGCUAGCAAGAUUUGUAUUUAGUAGUCUGUUGUUUAAACCUUGUGGUUUUUAUUUCCUUUAAUGGAAAUAAAUUUCCAUUUUUUAAUUCCUUUGAUGCCGUUUUGUAUAUACUUUUUGAUCUUAUUAUCCAGGAAGGAGCUAUCACAUAGUGCCUUGGUGUCUAUUAACAGAAGGAUUUUAACCCAGAGUGUUAGUAAACCAGAAAUGUGUUAGUAAACCAGAAAUAUCCACCUUUUGGAAAAAAAUUAAUCAUCAUCCUUAAAACAGAAGAAUCAGGACAAAAUAACCACUAACUUUCUAAAAACUUGCUACUUUGGCUCUGGUGAACAAAGAAAGAAAACCAACACUCAGAUGAGAUCCCCAGGUACACACAAAAGCCUGAGCUGAGAAAGAGUCCCCCGUUAACAUUUUCCACAAUUAUUGUGGCAAAGCCCAGGGCAGUCCCUGCGUCAAGGGCUGCCUUGGCAAUUCCUCUGAGUCUGAUGUACGGAACUGAAACUGCCCUUCAGCAGCAGGGUGGAGCCCUCAGCUAUUAAUGUGAACUCAGAGCUUCAGUAGCACAAGUAGGAAACACUUAACACCUUAAGCAAGUGAAUCGAGGUUUCACUUUACCAGUAGAGUGCUCCAACUGCUGUUACACUGCCUAAAGGAGAAGUAGGAAGCCACACAUCUUCCAUACCUGAAAUUCCACUUUCUUGGGCUUAGACUCACUCAUUCCUGUCUUCACGAGUGAGUCCAAGGCUGUUGGCCAUAAGGAGAGAUGUGUUUAUCUCCACAGUUGUAUUUCUUGACUUUAUCUGUCUCUACAGCUAAGCUCUCAGCUGGGGCACACUUUAACAGAAACCUGUCUUCAGUAUUCCUUUAAAGUCAGCUGAGGUGGUUCCAGCUUGAUGCACAAGAUUUUACAAACCAAAAUACAAGCGGGCUUAGUUUAAUCAUAGAAUGGAAAGUAUGAGUACUGAAAUAAAAGUCAGCAAAUACCCUUGCAUGUGCCAGAUACUUAAAAACUGCUGCUACAAGUAACUUGGAGAGCUGUAAUGUCACCAAUCUCUUACAGAUGUAGUAUGAACAGGAAAACUGGGACUUGAGUCCUUAGAAAUUCCAGCCGUUGUUCUGACAUCAACAUAAUGCCCAUUCUUCCAUGGAUUAUCAAACAAAUCAUUCACCUAAUCUAACCCCUAAAUGUUUCCAGAUACUGCAAAAUAGUUAAAAUCUGCUUGUUCUGCUUGCAAUAGAAGUAGAGCACUUUUAAGUAAUACAUUUUAAGCUUUUGUUUUGGAGGCACAUUUUCAAAUAUGAUUUGCCAGUUAAUUCACAGCAAAGGAUUGAACUGAGGCUUUCCAGGCAAGAAUAAUCUGACCCCUAAGGAGCUAGGAAAACCAGAGUGCAGUCCCCUGGUAAGGUAUGCUGGCACUUCAUUUAGACACUGAAAUAUCUACCACAUUUCUUGUGGAGAUAAAUCUUCAGGACUGGCUUCAGUUCACAGGUGGAUUCUGAGUAGAACCAAAACCUAAAGUGGUCUGCUGUACCCUCAGCACUGCGAUCACCCAAAUCACCAAUGUGAUCCUUUUCAUUGCUUAAAUUUCAUUCUCCUUUUCAUUAUGCUACAACACUGACAUCAGAAGUAUUGUUCCAUUUUCGUAUUGUGCACAUCUUUUAAAGCAGGACUGGUGACAUCUUGUCACUUUUUUCUUUUAGGUGUGGCUAGUAGAGAAACAAAAUUUAUGCUAAAAUUACCAGUGUAAUCAGCCAAUGCUAAAAUCUGAAUUACUGUUAAUCUCAACAUUGUUCAUACAUCACUAAAUUAUCAUUUCUGAUAUCUCCAUGUAGAUGACUAUCCCUCUCUCUUUAAUACUGCACAAUUACUGUUUCUAUUUGAAUCAAACUUCAGUAAAUAGUUACAGAGUAACAGAAAAUUAUGGCACACAGGGAAGCAAGAGUAUGCAGUUCUCCAGUUUAUUUGCAAAAGUAUUAUCCAAAUGGAGAAAAAAAAUCAUUACCAGCAUACUGAACUGAUUUGUUUGCAUAUUUACUCCCUCAAAAAGAAUUAUUUACAGCAGUUCUUGCAACUGGUUGCAAUUGUUACACAGUGGAAAAAUGAUAGAAAAACUUCACUGGUGAUUGCCCAAACAUGAACCUGGUUUUUUUUUUCCAUUUCACAGUCCUUUAGUAUUUGCAUCUGUCUAUCUUUAUAUAGCUUUAUGCAAAAGGAAAUUGCAAGAAUUGGAAACUGAGUUCUUGAAUAAAAUUUAUACAUUUUGAACA